AAUUUCAGGCAGUGUAAUUGGACCAGAUGUUUGCUAAAAAUGGGCUAUGUUUUUGAUGUACAGAUUGGAUUCAGUGUGUUUUGUUCUGUUGUACUAGCAAAAAGUUUUCCGGUCUUACCUUUCGAAUUGGGUUCCAGCUGUAUUUUUCCGGAGUGUUUCCGAUUGACGAAGUUAGAGUUUAACUGAUAAAGAAUGCUUUCAUUGACCUUUGCAAUGAUCAAACCGGAAGCUGUCGCAGUACCGUAUAUUACCAAGGUUAUUUGGGAUGAAAUUUUGGCUAAUAACCUGGAAAUUGUAGGAGCGAAAAGAAUAUGUAUGAAUAGAGAGGUGGCGGAAAAACUAUAUUCAGUACAUGAAAGAAAAUUUUUCUAUGAUCGACUCAUUCAGCAUAUUAUAAGUGGACCAGUGAUAGUAAUGAAGCUUGGAUGUAUAACCGGUAAUGCAAUUGAACGAUGGCGUGCAUUGAUGGGGCCAUCAAAAAUGUUGCGAACACUGCAGUUGCAGAAUAGUUCAUCAUUGCGGGCUCGUUUUGCACUUUCUGAUACACGUAAUUUGGUACAUGGAGCCGAUUCACAGCAAACUGCUAAUUACGAAUUGAGUUUAUUUGCACCGUAUCCAAAAAUUCACCUUCAAAAUAUGCUACCAAAAAUGAACAGAUGUGUGGCGCUAAGUGGACAGAAACGAACAUAAUUGACAGACAUGGAUUCGAAUAAAAAAA